AUGGGGGCUAAUAACAGCAAAGCAGGAUCUGCCAUUGCCAUCAACACACAUGAUGAUCAACCGCACAAACAGAACCAUCAGCUGGAGGUAAAAGACGUUGAUCAUCAUCGACCGAACGAUGCGGUUCCGCUCUCCAUUGGUUUUGUAAACGCUGAAGGCAUAAUGCAUGUUUGCAUCCCAAAGAACACCGCCAUCCCAACCAAGAAGUUUAAGAUGGCCAUAACCACCCAGUUGGACAACCAGAAAAACAUAUCCUUUACGUUCUACCAAGGGCAAAGAAGCAAGGCAAGCGACAACAACCUUGACGUCGACAUUGACGGCAAUCUGAAUGCAUCUGUCGAGGACAAGGAAACCGGACAGAAGAUCAUGAGCCAGAAAAGCUUGAUUCUUCUGCCUGCAGAGGAGGUGGAGAAGAUGGUUCGAGAAGGAGAGAAGCACGCCUUGGAGGAUAAGGAGUACGUGGAGAGGAUGAGGAUCGUGAGAUCAAUGGUGGAUCACUCGGCCCUCCUUCGAGAAAUCAUGGCGGCUGGAGACUACUCUAAGAAGGUGAGAGAUAGGGUUAAGGAUAUUGCAUUGGAGUUGUUGGACGAGUUCAAGGAGAAGGUGAAGGCGUUGGAUUCUUAA